AUGCGCAAGUACUUGCCACCGUUGAACUUCAUCACCAUCCACUAUGCCUAUUUCAUCAUCGUAUGUCUCAUCAGCUCCGUCAUCUUCUGGCGCUCAUCAGACGUUGCCUCCCCUGUCAGCUACACGGAUAGUCUGUUUCUCGUGGUGUCUGCCAUGACUGAGGCCGGGCUGAAUACGGUCAAUCUCAGCGCCUUGACGACCUGGCAGCAGACGAUACUAUUCCUCCUCAUCAUGCUGGGUAGCACCAUCUGGGUUUCCAUGUGGACCGUCUUGGCACGCAAACACGUCUUCGAGAAGCGUUUCGACGAUAUUGUGCGCAUCGAGUACGCCCGCAAGCUCAGCCAAAGGGGGAGUGGCAUAUCGCUGACUCUGCCGAAGCUGCGCAAGGCCAUCUCGUUCCGCAAAGCGCAAACCGUUGCCAAGGCGAUGCCAAGACCUCGGCGCGCAUUGUCCUUACCCGAUUUGGAUCCCGCGGAGCCGCCCGGCCCCGACAAUACUGACAGACACAUCUUCUUUGUCGACACUCCGCACAGAGCAGAAGACAGCAGUGCCACUUCUACGGGCACUUCCUAUUUCAGCCAGAAUAGGCCUACGCGCAGAAAUGGCGUUCCCAAGACACCGGCAGACCAGGACCGGGUUGAACUCAGCAUCCGGCACUUCCUUGGGAGCCGCUCUUCUAGUCGCAAUGGCCAGUUUCAUAGCCUCACCAGCGAGGAACGUGAAAACCUUGGCGGGUGCGAGUACCGUGCUCUGAAAGCCCUUGCGGUCUUAGUACCUCUCUACUUCUUUCUGUGGCAGUUCCUGGGGUGCGUCGCACUAGGAGCAUGGAUAAAUAACUACAUGCCCGACACGGCAAAGGCGAACGGUAUCAACCCGUGGUGGCUCGGCAUCUUCAACGGCGUCUCAGCCUUCAACAACUCGGGCAUGUCACUUCUAGAUGCAAAUAUGAUCCCGUUCCAGAACGCCUACUUCGUCCUUAUCACAAUGGGGCUUAUGAUCCUGGCCGGCAAUACCGCAUACCCUCUCUUCCUCCGUCUCAUUGUAUGGACUGGCCUAAAGCUCUUGAAGGCUGUGACUAGCGAUGAUGCCUAUGACGAUCUCAAGGCCACGCUAGAGUUCAUUCUCAAGUACCCUCGACGAGUGUAUACGAACCUAUUUCCGUCUCGUCCUACCUGGUGGCUUUUCUUCAUGCUCACCUGCCUGAAUUCCAUUGAUUGGGUGGCGUUUGAGAUUAUGAACAUUGGUAAUCCAGUCAUCGAGAGUAUUCCAACAGGCUCUCGCAUCCUAGACGGCCUAUUUCAAGCCCUCGCCGUCCGGUCUGGCGGCUUCUACGUCGUGCCCAUAUCCCAGAUCUAUAUCGGCCUCCAGGUGUUGUAUGUUAGCAUGAUGUACAUCUCUGUGUAUCCCGUCGUCAUCACAAUGCGCCACUCCAACAUUUACGAGGAGCGCUCGCUCGGCAUCUACAGUGGCGAUGGGUCUUCCAUGCCCGAUGCCGACCCCGAGGCCGCUGCACCGCUCCACACUUUCAACACUAACGACAUACAGCCCAUGGGUCCAAAUCUCCGAACCUUCACGUGGAACGGUGUCGGCGCCCCGCCGGCAAUCAGCAGCAGCAGACGAAACAGUCGCCUCGGCUUCAUCAGCCAGCAAAUCCACGGGCAGAUGGCUCACGAUAUCUGGUGGCUGGUGUUGGCCGUCCUCGUAAUUACCACAAUCGAGACUUCGCACUUCAUGGCGGACCCAGUGGCAUUUUCAGUAUUCAACAUUAUCUUUGAGGUUGUGUCAGCCUAUGGCACGGUCGGGAUCUCUGUUGGGAUUCCGAGGGACGCCUAUAGCUUCUCCGGAGCCUGGCACACUGGUAGCAAGCUUGUUUUGUGCCUUGUCAUGCUACGUGGAAGGCAUCGCGGGCUGCCGGUUGCAUUGGAUCACGCGGUGAGGCUGCCAGGGGAGCACUUACAUCGAGAUGAAGAGGAGGACCACCAGAUACGGAGAACCAUGAUGGGGCCACGGAUGAAUCUCAAUCCAUAA